CUGUGCUUUUAUCUCCCCAGCCCAGCAUCGCAGAAGAGCGACGCGUUGCCGCCCACUCGUGCAGAAGCGCCCGGGGAAACAUCAUCAGUGAACAACACCUCCACAGCCUCUUCCUGCGCGCUGAGAACGCGCUGCACGGCUUCCAUCGCGUCUUUGGUCAGCUCGCCACGCCCAUCUCAAACAAGACGAUGCGCAGACCCGACCUGUCUUGGCAAAGCAUAAAGACGUCCACGCGCCUCUGCGAUGAGCUCUCGUAGCCCGCGCGUGCUACUGGUGGCAGGCGCAGUCUCCUACGACUAUUUGGUCUAUCCCAUGGCCUCGACCAACGGACUGGCGCAUCUGAGCAUAGAGGAUGAGACUGCCGACGCCUCGCAGCUCGUCAUUCGGACGGGCGCAGCUGAUCUCGUGGCGCAGCUCCUCACCGCCGCCCAGCCAAAUUGGGGCUUCGAGGUGCUAGGCCCGCAGCUCAUGGGACCCAACUCCCACAGCCUUAAGCACAAUGCCUCCUCGAUAGUGGACUUGGAGUACACUGAAUCUUCAGGCACUGCCCUUCGCGUCGCCAGGAAGCGAAAAAUCGGGAGGUCGCCCGUCUGGCAUCAGCCUUCAAUCGAGCACGCGACCGCGGCAACCGGCAGUACUGUAAUAAUUUCCGGCUCGGGAGAGGCCUUGCAAGACGUCGAGCCGGCAUUGGACUUUCUGCAGCGUGUACGACCUCGAUACAUCAUUCAUCAUAUGACAAGGCCGUUAGCUACUGGACCACUCUGGGACAUUAUUCGAGACGGACCGCGCACGAGAGACGGCGUACCUGAUCCGGACCAUUUGGCUGUCAUCAUUGACGCAGACGAUCUUCGCGCGGAAGGCAUAUCAUUGAGUCGCUCUCUGUCUUGGGAACAGACGACUGAAGAUUUUGUGCGAAAUCUGGGCUCCAACGGGCGACUGGACACGCUCGUUACCUGCCCAAAUCUCAUCGUGCGUUUCGGAAACCAAGGCAUUAUUCACCACCGAGGGCGCGACGCGACAGACCCUAAGUUAUACUUUGAUACGCGUAACGUGGAGGUACUGCACAGCGCUGGGAAGGGCCAUAUGACGGAGCUUUCUUCAGCCUUUAUCGCCGGCUUUGCGCUGGGCUUCGCAGAAUCAUCGCCGCCGAACACCGACAGGGGCAUCAAACUGGGCAUUUCUGCAUCGAAAGCCAUGGAUUCAAAUGGCUUUGUGGUAACAACAGAGGACGUCGUUCCAAAUUAUCCGAUCAAGCAGAUCAUCGAGCAGCUCGCGGCAGAGAAGAAAUUCUCUACAGUGAGCAUUCCUUCGGGACGCAUCAGUUCUGGCGACAGCUGGAGAAUCUUUGAUGCAGUGACCGGAGACCCAGCCGAGGUGGCGCGACAGAUUGUCACAUUGGGUCCCGAAAAGACAUUGGCGCGAUGCCCUGCACAACGCUUUGGCGACCUGCUCAGCGUCGAAAGAUCUGAGCAGGAAAGCUUGCGAGCAGUCGUAGACGCAGUGCAGGAGCGUCUAAGUUUCGAGACAUCUCAGCCAACUUCAAUUGGCAUCCUCGGCCCUCCGGGAUCUGGCAAGAAAUUUGUCGCAGCGAACCUCGCAAAGCACUUCUCGCAGAACGCGAAUGUGAAGCAGCUCACGUUCAAUGGACGUCUGCUCCGGCUCGAAGAUCUAAUCGCACUCUGCCACACAAUCAGAGACAACACCGCCAGCGGCCUUCUGACAGUUGUUUGCUUCGAGAACUUCGAAUCUAUCCUUGAGCCUCGAAAUGAGCUGCUCAAUAACUUCCUGGUGAUGAUGCGAGACGGGCAUUUCACAGAUCGUGGUCAUGUUCGUUCCUUGGGCCACCCGCUUCUUUUUUUCUUGGUCAACCAGCAGCCAUCGAGCUUUCAAAUGGAUGGCACACCAACACCAACAGUAGCAGAAAGCGGCGAGAGACGUACGGUCGACGAAUCUCAGCUUCUUGACAGCGUGCAUGGCGUUGUGCGAAUUCUUGGACCGAACCAAACCGGUCAAUUCGAUAAGAUGUUCCCAAUACGUAGAGCGCUGAUGCUGCGGCAAAUGCUGAAGCAGAAAUUCCCUCACCUGGAAAGGGAUGGGAAGAUCAAGAUUGACGAUGCAGUGUUGCAUGCUCUUCUGCUUGUUCCUUCGUUCAAGCAUGGCCUGCGAUCACUUGACAAGAUCCUCAGCACAAGUCGUCUUUCGCAUAAGACGAAGUUCGAUGUAUCUGCUCUACCUCCGGAAGAGCAGAUACAGCUGCAUGUCGAUGGGAGAAUCUUCAUGUCAUUUCUGCGGUCGCCCAAACUCCCACCCCAGCUGCGUGAACGCUUGGCCCAGGGGCUCUUUGUGGCAUAUAAGAAGAAGAGAGUCGAGAUGGCAAGGACGCCGACUGAGAAGGCAGAGCUUGAAUCCGACCCCAGCAUGUAUGACUGGGACGAACUUGCUCCUGAACUCAAAGAGUCAACGCGAUCGCAAGCAGAUGACAUCCCGCGCAAACUCCGUGCUGUCAAUUGUUUCAUGCUCGACCAGGACCGGAAAGAGCCGCUUGUGCACGUUCCAGAAUUUACUGUCGAAGAGCUGGAUAUGCUGAGCGAGAUGGAACACGAGCGAUUCAAUGCCGAGAGAUUGCAGCGGCAAUGGAGGAUGGGCCCUCGAUCGAGUGGGAAACGGACGACUCCCUUCUUGGUACCAUGGAGAGAUUUGACACAGGAUUGGAAAGAUGUCGACCGAGUCAUGGUGGAGUGCGUGCCCAGAGUACUUGCCACUGCGGGAUGGAAGAUCUAUCGCAUGCAAGAAGACGAAUGAAGGUGUGCUAUCUGUAAAUAUUUGUUAAUACCCCAAUCAACAGCAUUCUUAUCCUCAGGCCCCUAGCAGAAGACGAGCGGAGCGGAGCGGGU